GCUGUGUUGAGCUGUCAGUCAUGAUUCUGCACCCCGUUUUUCGUUUGAACAAACUUUAUGGCCCCAUUUAGCUCCACAGAGCUGCCCUGAUUGUGCCAGCAAAAAAAAAAAAAGGAUCAGCACAUUGAAGCUUAUUUAAGGCGGAUCAACUGCAGCUCUGUUCAGACUGUCCCCUGUCUGUCCUUGCAGAUGGUCACAGAGUUUGGUUUAACAACUGCUGGCCCGGUGCGUUAAAUGGAGAGAAUCACCAACCUUUCUCUCUGCAGGUGCCAAACAAUAAACAGUAGUCAAAUGAAACUCCGCCCACCUAGUGCACAGCCGCAGUAGCAGCCACAGCCUCCCAGGUGAGAACCAUCACCUGCCUCAACGCUUCCUCCUGUUUUCUUAUCAAAGUGUGGAUGUUGUAGCUACUUUUCAUUUCGUUGUGACGCAGGAAGGUUUAAGAUGAAUAUGAAAGUGUUUGCAGAUUGAUGUGGAUGUGAAUUCAGCAUCAUGGAUCAGCGUGAGGACCAGAAAGAAGAAGAACCUCUGUCUGAAACCAAGGACCAGAGCAAAGCUCAGAGCUUUAUUUACAGCAACAAACCUGAAGAUGACCGUAAACAUGGAAGGAAACGGAAACGUGAACCCAGCGCUGAAUCCUGGAGGAGUAACUUAUCAAAGCAUCAGUAUAUUGAUUUUAAAUCAGACCAUCCUUCAGCUACAGAGAGAAGAGAACCUGAACCAGGAUCCAGUUGUUCACCUGGAAAACACUCAGAAAUGGACCAACCUCCGUCUGUAAAGGAAUUGAAGCUGUUCUCAGAGGCUCCUAGUGGUCAGUCUGCCCAACAGCACCAAAGAGAGCUGGACUCCAUAUUUAUGGAGCUGAAAGGGAACAUAAACACUUUUGUGGAGAAUGAACUGCAGAAGAUCCAAAUGGUCCUGGGUUCAGAUUACCCAGAAGGUUCAGAGGGGAAUAAGGAGGAUGAUGAGGUUUUAGAGGGUGAAGAUAAAGAGCAGAUAAAGAAGUGCAGAGAAGCUUUUGAGAAGAUCACGCAGCACUUCCUGAGGAGGAUGAACCAUGAGGAGCUUGCUGACCGUCUUCAAAGCAAAUCACUCAUCACAUGCCAGCAAACACUGAAGUCUAACCUAAAGAAGAAGUUCCAGAGUGUGUUUGAAGGGAUUGCUAAAGCUGGGAAACCAACCUUUCUGAAUCAGAUCUACACGGAGCUCUUCAUCACAGAGGGAGAAACUGGAGAGGUCAACGAUGAACAUGAGGUCAGACAGAUUGAAGCAGUGUCCUGGAAACCAGACAGACCAGAAACACCAAUUAGACAUGGAGACAUAUUUAAACCCCUACCUGGAAGAGAGGAACCAAUCAGAACAGUCAUGACAAAGGGAGUGGCUGGCAUUGGGAAAACAGUCUUGACGCAGAAGUUCACUCUGGACUGGGCUGAAGACCAAGCCAACCAGGACAUCCAGUUCAUGUUUCCGUUCACGUUCAGAGAGCUGAAUCUGUUAAAAGGAAAACAGCUCAGCUUGGUGGAGCUUGUUCAUCAGUUUUUUAGUGAAACCAAAGGAAUCGACAGGUUUAAAGAGUUAAAGGUUGUUUUCAUCUUUGACGGAUUGGAUGAGUGUCGACUUCCUCUGGACUUCCACAACAAUGAAAUCCUGACGGAUGUAACAAAGUCCACCUCAGUGGAUGUUCUUCUGACAAACCUCAUCAGAGGGAAACUGCUUCCUUCAGGUCGCCUCUGGAUAACCACACGACCUGCAGCAGCCAAUCGGAUCCCUUCUGAGUUUGUUGGCAUGACGACGGAGAUUAGGGGAUUCACUGACCUACAGAAAGAUGAGUACUUCACAAAGAGAUUUAGAUAUAAGAAGCAAGAAAAAAUUGUAAUUUCCCACAUCAAGAAAUCACGAAGCCUCCACAUCAUGUGCCACAUCCCAAUCUUCUGCUGGAUCACUGCUACAGUUGUGGAAGACAUGUUAAACAACAAAAACAGAGAAAAGCUGCCAAGCACCCUGACUGAGAUGUACAUACAUUUCCUGGUGGUGCAGGCCAAGGUGAAGAAGCUCAAGUAUGAUGGAGGAGUGGAGACAGAUUCACACUGGAGUCCAAAGAGCCAGAAGAUGAUGGAGUCUCUGGGAAAACUGGCUUUUGAGCAGCUGCUAAAAAGAAACCUCCUCUUCUAUGAAUCAGACCUGACAGAGUGUGGCAUCGAUCUCGAAGAAGCUUCAGUGUGCUCAGGAGUGUUCACACAGAUCUUCCAAGAGGAGAGAGGGCUGUAUCAGAACACUUUGUUCUGCUUCGCCCACCUGAGUGUGCAGGAGUUUCUGGCUGCUCUUCAUGUUCAUCUGACCUUCAUCAAAUCUGGAGUCAAUCUGCUGGUAAAAGACGAAAUGAAAUCCAAGGAUUUAGAAGAAACAGACCAUGUAUAUUCAAAGAUUGAUAUCUACAAGAGCGCUGUGGACAUGGCCCUAGAGAGUCCAGAUGGACAUCUGGACCUGUUCCUCCGCUUCCUUAUGGGUCUUUCACUGGAGACCAAUCAGAGUCUCCUAAGGGGGCUGAUGUCACAGACAGUAACCAGAUCACAGAUCAAUCUAGAAAUAGCCCAGUACAUCAAGGAGAAGAUAAAUAAAAAUAUUUAUUUGGAGAAAAGCAUCAAUCUGUUCCACUGUCUAAAUGAACUAAAGGAUCAGUCUCUGGUGAAGGAAAUCCAACAAUCUCUACGCAGAGGAAGUCUUUUGGUAGAUCAACUGUCUCCUGCUCAGUGGUCGGCUCUGAACUUCUUCCUGCUGUCAUCAGAAGAAGGUCUGGAGAUCUUUGAUCUGAAGAAAUACUUUGCUUCAGAUAAUGUUCUACUGAAGCUGCUGCCAGUAGUCAAAGCCUCCAGCAAAUCUAUACUGAGUGGCUGUAACCUGACGGAGAGAAGCUGUAAAGCUCUAUCCUCAGUUCUCAGCUCACAGUCUUCCUGUGUGAAAGAGUUGGACCUGAGUAACAACAACCUGAAGGAUUCAGGAGUGAAGCUGCUCUGUGCUGGACUGAAGAGUCCACACUGUGAACUUGAGGUUUUAAGGCUUUCUGGCUGCCUGAUCACCAAGGAAGGCUUUGCUGCUCUGGCCUCAGCUCUGACCUUGAAUCCUGGUCACCUGAGAGAGCUGGACCUGAGUUACAAUCAUCCAGGAGAGGCAGGAGUUCAGCUUCUGGCAGCCAGACUGGAUGAUACAGACUGGAAGCUGGAGACUCUCAAGGUGGAGCCUGCUGGAGUCCAGUGGUUAACAGCAGGUCUGAGGAAGUAUUCCUGUUCACUCACAGUCGACCUGAACUCUGUAAACAAACACCUCAAGUUAUCUGACGACCACAGGAAGGUGACGCGUGUAGGAGAGGAGCAGCCCUAUCCUGAUCAUCCAGACAGAUUUGACCUCUUUAAGCUGCUGUGCAUUAAUGGUCUGACUGGUCGCUGUUACUGGGAGGUGGAGUGGAGUGGGAGGGUUUACAUAUCAGUGAGUUACAGAGGAAUCAAAAGAAAGGGAGAGAGUGACGACUCCUGCUUUGGAUUUAAUGAUCGCUCCUGGAGUCUAAUCUGCUCAGAUUAUGGUUACGCUGUUUGGCAUAACUGUAGAAAAGCCUCCUCCUCCUCCUCCUCCUCCUCCUCCUCUGGCAGAGUAGCAGUCUAUGUGGACUAUCCUGCUGGGACCCUGUCCUUUUACAGAGUCUCCUCAGACACACUGGUCCACCUCUACUCCUUCAGCACCACCUUCACUGAACCUCUUUAUCCUGGAUUUGGAUUUUGGUCCAGGGUUCAUUCUAGGGUGUCUUGGUGCUCAUUUUAGUGUAGGUUCCACAAUUUAAACAAACCUUCUUUCUGUAAACACACACUGUCCCAGGAUGUGGCCAGCUUCAGAGGUCGACUAAUGAAAAGAUGAAACGGUUUAAAGAGAGACCGGAUGGCAGACAAAUAAACAGAUUUUUGAAAAAGUUUAUUAACUGCUCAUAACCUCUGUGUUGAACUCACUUCAAAACAUUCUAUACUUUUCAAUACUUCAUAAAUACUUUUAAAAACAACUUCAGUUCAUGUUAAGCAUUAGUCAAUCUAAGUGGUUUCCACCUUUUUAACUGGUUUUUGUAUCUGUAUGUAUUAUUAUUAUUAUUAUUAUGAGCCAAUUCAAAAUAAGGAAUAACUAAAUCACAUUUUUAUGUGAUAUGUUAUGCACCUAGUCUAUGACCCUAAAACAGAUUGUGAUGCUGGGAACCAGGAACCAGGUCCCUGCACUACUCUGCCACCAGACUCUCUUAGGAAAAGGCAUUCUGUAGAUGUUUCCGGCUGGGCCCCAGGAGCCCCAGGAGCCAAGGCUCAACCACUGGCUGCCUCUACACCUUGUUAUGUGUUGAUUCUGCCGAGAGGCGGUGAGGGUGUGAUGUGGGGGUUGCUCUCCUGUGUCAAAAGGGUUGAAUUGGUGCGAUGCUGAUGUAAGGGUUAAGCACGCAACCACAUAUAGAGGCUAUAGUCCUCGAUGCGGCCGGUUUGAGUCCCGGACCCAGCGACCUUUGCCGAAUGUCUCCUUCUCUCUUUGCCCCUCUUUCCUGUCUACCUACUAUCAAAAAUAAACGCCUCUAUUGCUGAAAAAAAUAUAAAACAAAAAACGAAAAGGGUUGAAUUGAGGUGGUUUGGAUGCCUCAUAGGCACCUCCCUUUGGAGGUAUUCUGGGGACAUCCAAAUAAGAGGAGACCCUGGGGGGAGACCAAGAGGCCAUGAUCCCCCAGAAUGGGCUGAAGAGUGUUCCUGCAGAGAGGGAUGUUCCUUCAAUGAAUGGAUGGAUGUUAUGACCUUAUCUACUGUAAGGCCACAUCAUGGGUGGUCAUAUGUUAUGCCUGCUGUUUUUACUGUUUCAUAAAAGUCACAGGCCUAUAAAGGCUGCAAACCCAAUAAAAUUGUUUCAUGAAA